UCACUCUUCCGCGUGCUCGCCCUGGGCCUCAGUCGGACCUCUCGAGACAACGGAAGAGCUUUGGCCAGCCAAUGAACUCGUUGGAGAUAUCUGUCGAGUCGAACAUACAACAGUUCCUAUUGGCCCAGGAGAGCGGGAAUCGCAGCCAAUAGUAUAAGCAAGGCGUUGGCGGUGUGCCUUAGCCCUGUGAACACUGCGGCGAAGAACCCUUGGGUACCGCGUGGCCAUUAAGACUGAAGAAACUCACUGGAACAUCAUGUCGCAGGCUGAGUUUGACAAAGCUGCCGAAGAGGUGAAGCACCUGAAGGUGAAGCCUACAGAUGCAGAGAUGCUGGAGAUUCUACAGUUGUACAAGCAGACCACAGUGGGUGAUGUAACACAGGUAUCUCGUCCUGGCAUGCUGGACUUUGCCGGCAAGGCGAAAUGGGACGCCUGGGAGAAAAAGAAAGGCAUGAGCAAAGAGGAUGCGAUGAAGGCUUACAUUGCCAAAGUGGAAGAACUGAAAGAAAAGUAUGGAAUUUGAAGUCCAGCUUCCAAAUGGAAAGAAAUGGCAGUGUUUCAAUGGGCAGCGCAUACCGCAGCAGUAAUGGUUAACUUUGCAUGCCAAGGUGCCUUAAAUGCAUGAAUGCUCAGCUGCUGUGGUGUCAGUGUCAGUAUUUCAUCUGAACAUCAUGAUGAGCAUUUUCAUAAGGAGAUUUCAUAGUGACUGUAAAAUAUGUCCAAUUAAAUUACUUUUAACACUUGUGUAUGGAGGUUUUCCCCUUUUGAAACAUGAGCAACUUAGCCAAUACAGGCAAUGUUGCAGAACUUCUGCAGCAGUUCUAGGAGCUAUUUACAUUUACAGAAUGGGGUGUGGUUUUUUGAAAAGCUUCCUGGGAGGUAGAGUAGGCUUCUAUGCAUGUCUACAAAUUAUUCUAUUACUGCCCUGAAGAAGAUGAUGCUCAGCAUUGCCAUAAGCUGAGAAAUGGCUUAUUACACCAGACAUCUGUAAGGGCAUGGUUUCUGUAUUAUACUAUUUUAUCAAGUGUCAUGUAUCUGAUGCGAUGCAGGGUGGUGCAGUUGCAUAGCAAUUAGCACUAGUGCCUCACAGCCUUGGGGUGGUGUGGGAGGACAGGGGUUUGAUCCCUGCUCCCUCCAGAGUUCACAUGUACUCCCUGAAUCUGGAUGCUCCAGUUUCUUCGCAUAGUC